CCAAGUGUUUAGCAUUAAGGCGAAGCGUGCCUUUUGAGCCGAUAUCUUUUCUUGAAUUAUCUCAUGACUGAAAGUAUUUGAACCUCAUGUUGCAAAUCUAACCAAAGUCAUCCAUAGGCCACACUUCUUGUGCACAUCAUCUUAUCCUCUCAGUCUCUUUCUCUCUCAACUUGCCUUAACUUUAGCCCUCAUUUUUUUCAAACCUCAAUUUCCCAAACGACGACCACCGCAAGUACUUGCACACAUCACAAUCAAACCCAACACAAACUACAUAAAAACCCAAACCCAAAAUCAACCCAUCACCUUUAACUUCAAAGCUCCCAUUUGCACCCUCCACAGGACUUCACCUUGUACAUAGGAAAAGAAAAAGAAGAAGAAGAAAAACUUUGCUUUCUCUGCAUGGCUCUGAUAACCUCCCAACCAAAAAAUCCCAUUCUCAAAACAUACUUCACCACCAUUCACCGUGCAAUACCACAACGAAACAGAACCGUGGUUGGUCUCGGUUCCUUCUCUAACAACACCAAUUUCAACAACAAAACUUGCAACUAUGACUCAAAACCAAUCCAAAUUUCCCUGAAAAACAACCCCUUCACCUACAAUCUACCCCUCAUAGCAAAAGCCAAUGCUGCAUUGGGAGAAGCUUUGGAGCCAGAGCAGGGGAACUCAAAGCACAGGAAGAUUUUACUCUCAGACGUGGAGGUGAAGAGAGAAAGGAGACUGUUCUUCGGUAGAAAAUGGAACUCGCUGGAUAUUGGAACCGCUGCCAUUGUUUUUGCCAUGCACGUGCUCUGUUUGUUCGCUCCAUUCCAGUUCAAUUGGCAAGCUUUCUGGGUAGCCAUGGCGCUAUAUGUUGUGACAGGGCUUUUUGGUAUCACUCUGUCUUUUCAUAGGAAUCUUUCUCACAAGAGUUUCAACCUUCCCAAAUGGCUUGAAUAUACCUUUGCUUAUUGUGGAGUUCUUGCUCUUCAGGGGAACCCAAUUGAUUGGGUCAGCACUCAUAGGUACCAUCACCAGUUCUGUGAUUCUGAGAAAGACCCUCAUAGCCCCAUUGAAGGAUUCUGGUUUAGCCAUAUGAGUUGGCUCUUUGAUACCAAUUCUAUAGCAGAAAGGUGUGGAGAGCCAAACAAUGUUGGUGAUUUAGAGAAACAAUCCUUCUAUAGAUUUAUCCGAAGCACUUACAUUGUCCAUCCAUUUGCAUUGGGAGCUCUUCUAUAUGCCAUAGGAGGAUUUCCUUUCCUUGUUUGGGGAAUGGGAGUGAGAAUUGUUUGGGUCUACCACAUAACUUGGCUUGUAAACUCAGCUUGCCAUGUCUGGGGGGAUCAGCCCUGGAACACAAGGGACUUAUCCAGAAACAAUUGGUGGGUAGCGGUGCUUGCUUUUGGUGAGGGUUGGCACAAUAACCACCAUGCUUUUGAGUACUCUGCUAGACAUGGCCUAGAGUGGUGGCAACUAGACUUGACUUGGUACAUGGUGAGAUUUCUCCAAGCUAUUGGGUUGGCCACUGAUGUGAAGGUUCCUACUGAGAGUCAAAGGCAGAGAAUGGCAUUGAAUAAUGAAUGACUGAAUUGAAUUGCCACAUGAAACACAAUUCUUUGUUCACUGCCAAUGGUGAAAUUAAAGACCAUAAUAAUAAAUUGUUACAUAAGAAGCACUUGUGGUCUGUGGAUGACAUAAAAGUUUUGUUAGGCAAAUGUUGUUUUCAGUGUUACUUUCAGCCCUCAUGAUGGUGGAUUUGACUAUGUAUAUGGGAAUAUAAUACAGUAGAUUAGUACAGAAGUAUAUGUAUUUCUAUCAGUUUUGAUAUA